AUGGACCUGCCGCUGCCAGAUGUCUCUCUGGGAAAAUACGUUUUCAGCAACAUGUUGAAACUUGGGGACAAGACCGCACAGGUGUACCCCGGAGAGCAGGAUCUGCGGCUGUCGUACAGGGAGUUGUCGAGGCGCGCGGCCUGUGUGGCCGAGGAGCUGCGCAUGCGCGGCGUGGGCCCCGGGGACGUGGUGGCGCUCGGCUGCCGCGUCGUGCCGCAGUUCGCGCCGCUCCUCAUAGGCACCCUCCUCAGGAACGCCGUGCCGGCGCCCUUCAACCCAGACCUCGACAGGGACGAGUUGACGUUGGUAGUGCAGCAGAUGAUGAGACCGAAGCUGGUGGUGAGCCAGGAGCCGGCGCUGUCGGCAGUGAGAGAGGCGGCUGGGUGCGCCGCGCUGCCGCUGUCCCAGGUGGACGGCUGGCUGCAGCGAGACGCAGACCCGGAGCGGGCGCUGCAGGCGCUGUCCCCGCCAGACGCGGCCGGCUGGAUCGACUCGUGCGCCGCCAUCCUCUGCUCCUCCGGCACCACGGGGCCGCCCAAGGGCGUCAUGCUCUCACACCGGGGGCUGCUCACAGUCUGUGCUCUGGUCAGCCUGGGAGAGAAAAGCGCCCCAGCCCCGAGCGGCCAGCGGCCAGAGGCGGUCGUGUCCACGACGCCGGUGUCCUGGGUCUCGGGCCUGAUAGCGCACCUGCUCUGCCUCAGCGCGGGACUGCGCACGUGCUUCCUGCCGCACUUCGACGAGGGCAUGGUCGCCCGCGUGUGUGGCCAGUACCACGUGAAAGAUUUGUACAUACCUCCAAACAUAGCUGUAACGGUAGCAAAGACAACUGACAGUCCCGUCAGAGAGAUACUGCCACGGCUCACUAUGCUGAUGGUCGCCGGCGCUGCCAUGGAUGCCGGCACGCAGCGGUUCGUCGAGAAAGAGCUGGGCGUUCCGGUCAAGCAGUGGUACGGCUCGACGGAGUCCAUACUUGUCCUGGGAUCAGCGCCUGAGACCUUCCCUCCAGCCGGCUCUUCCGGGAAGCUGCUUUUCAACGUGGAGGCCAAAGUGGUGGACCUGGAGACGCAGGAGCCGGUGGGUCCCGACCAGGAGGGCGAGCUGUGGGUGAAGUCCCCCGCGGCGGCGCUGGGCUACUGGAACAACCCGGAGGCGACUGCCGCUGCCUGGGACAAAGAAGGCUGGUUCCACACGGGGGACGUCGUGCGCUACGACCGCGACGGCUACUUCUACGUCGUGGACCGCGUCAAGCAGCUCGUCAAGUUCAGGGGACACCACGUGCUGUCGCCGCAGCUGGAGUCGCUGCUGAUGUCACACCCCAGCGUGCAACUGGCCGCCGUGGUGGGGAAGCCGCACCCCACCGACCAGGAGCACCCCACCGCCUUCGUCGUGCUGCGGCCCGGAGCGUCCGCCACCGCUGAGGAGCUACAGGCGCUCGUAGACGGAAAGGUGGCCGAUCACAAGAAGCUGCGAGGCGGCGUGAGGAUCGUGGGGGAGCUGCCGCACACGGCCAGCGGCAAAGUCGCCAAGAGGGUCCUCAGGAGGUGGGCGGCGGGCGGCCAGUAG